AUGGAUUUCACCCAAUUUCUCGCCGCCCUGGCUGUGCUUUCUGGGGUUGUUUUGAGUGAAAGUGCCGCAAAAGUGCCGGGAAGGGAGAAACGAUGGCUCGCCUUUCCCUACAACAGCGCAACUGGCGUUCUAGUGGCGAUCGCCGUGCCGCUGAUCAUUCCGCACAGGAACGUCUUUGUGUCCUACAACUUCGAGGCCAACUAUAAUAUGCCAACGGUGGCGUCAGAUCUCAUUCCUGGUCCUCUGGAUCGCCUGGAGAUCAUCGAACGCAGCCUGAGAUCGCCCAGUGAAGCGCUGUUCAGCAGGAAGAAAGUCUACAAGGCGCUGGAGAGCAAAUUGCGAUGGUCAGGCGUGAGAGGCAGAGCUUGUCUCCUGCGGGCGAUAUGCGAGGAAGCUCUGGAGCCGAUUUGCGAGCACAACGGACUCAUUGGCGACAUCAUUCACAUCAUCCUAACUCCUUCAACUUCCGCUCGCGAAGAUCUGCACGCGGAAUUCUACCGGGCAGAGGAAUUGGGCCAAUCUGGCGAUUGCUCAAAGUACAAACGCUUCUGUUCACACUCAAUACUCGACUACAUUAGCAAGAAAUUUUCUGAUACACACUCAACAAAGAUCAACCGUCAUUGAUAAACCUCU